UUUUGUAAAGCAGUACUAAACCAGAGAGCCCAGAACCCUUUGAAGCCCGUUCUUAGGAUUCCGAUUUGUCGAGCAAAGAUCAAUCCUUUUUCUGAUAAUCAUGGCAGGGGAAGUUAAAGGAGGAUGCUUUACACCUUACAUUCACUCCCAAACCCUAAAUUCCCACGAUCGAGCCGUCUCCUCCGUGAAAUUCUCCUCCGACGGUCGCCUCUUAGCCUCCGCCUCCGCUGAUAAAACUAUCCGCACUUACGCAAUCGACACUGCUCAAUCAGAUUCCAUCUUCAGUCCCGUUCGCGUGUUUUCCGGCCACGACAACGGCGUAUCGGACAUCGCCUUCUCUUCCGACGCAAGGUUCAUCGUCUCAGGUUCCGAUGACAAAACCCUUAAGCUAUGGGACGUUGAAACUGGUUCUCUCAUCAAAACGCUUAGGGGGCACUCUAACUACGUCUUCUGUGUUAAGUUCAAUCCUCAAUCCAACAUGAUCGUCUCUGGUUCUUAUGAUGAGACUGUUCGGAUCUGGGAUGUUAAAUCUGGCAAAUGCUUGAAAACUCUUCCUGCGCAUUCUGAUCCGGUGACUUGUGUUGAUUACAAUCGUGAUGGGUCUCUCAUUGUGUCCAGUAGCUACGAUGGGUUGUGUCGGGUUUGGGAUUCUGGAACUGGGCAUUGUGUGAAGACCUUGAUUGACGAUGAGAAUCCUCCUGUUUCCUUCGUUAAGUUCUCUCCUAAUGGCAAAUUCAUCCUCAUUGGUACUCUCGACAAUAAGCUGAGGUUGUGGAACAUUUCUACAGCUAAGUUCAUCAAGACAUAUACCGGACACACAAACUCCCAGUACUGCAUUUCAUCUGCCUUCUCUGUCACAAACGGGAAGCGGAUCAUUAGCGGAUCUGAGGACAAUUGUGUUUACAUGUGGGAGAUGAAUUCCAAGGAAAUGCUUCAGAACAUAUUUCCUCUCUGUUCUCUGUUUUUUUACCAAUGCACAUACAUUUUCUCAAGUAUUUAUUGUGUAUACUGACCGCGAGUCGUUGAGAUCAGAUAAGUUCUUGGGGACUGUAUCAAAUUAAUUGGACUAUGUUUAUAGGUAGAACUGUCAACCAGGCCACAAAUCGGCAAUAAGCAUCAUCACUUGGCCAUAAGCUGGUUAGUGAAUCUCAAAGGCUCGAGCUUUAGAUUGUUAGAUAUUGUGUUAUUGGUUUCCUUGUAUUCAUUGAAUCUUUAUGAUCAUUCACACUGAAACUGUCA